AUGAGUUUGAGUGAAGGAAGCUAUGGAAUCAGAUGUUCACUACUUUACUAUGUUAGCUAAUCAAUACUCUCACUUUAAAGAUAUUAUUUUGACAGCUUAUAAAUUUCUGUGAAUUUGUUGCUUGGAAUAACACAAUCAAACUCUCCCUUGCCUCUUUUAAGCAUUCAUUUUCAUGUCAUUUGCUACUCUUUGAUUUUCAUACCAAAUUCUCCAUUCUUUCGUUUUCAUACCAAGUUCUCUCACAUUGAUUUUCAUACCAAGUUCUCUCAUAUUGCUACUCGUUGAUUUUCAUACCAAAUUCUCUCACAUCACCACUCUUUGAUUUUCAUACCUAAUUCUUCAUUUCCGCUCGAUCUGAUAUUUCAUUUUCACACCUUUACUUCCCAGUAGCAGAGUUCAGGCUUGAUAGUUGAAAAAAAGCUCUAUCUUUGCUAUGGAAUUCCUAUCUACUAUUGUGGGGAAUGUCACUGCUUGCUUGAUGCAGCCAAUAGAGCGAGGCAUUAGGUAUUUAUAUUACUACAACACUAACAUCACAUCUAUGGGAAAAGAAUCUGAUAAGCUGAAGAACAUCAAAAGUGAAGUGCAGCGAAGAGAAGAAGAUGCCCGGGGAAACUUACAUUGCAUUUCACUCACUGGCGAGGCUUGGUUAACUAGUGUUGAUACCACUAUUGCACAAGUGGAUGAUGUAAUGAGAGGUAGAGCUGAGGUUCAAAAAGGUUGCUUUUAUGGUUGGUGUCCAAACUUGAAGUCACGUUACUCCCUCAGCAGGAGAGCCAAGAAAAUUACACAGGAGUUAACUGAACUUCAAAGUGACGGCACCAAUCCAAAUAUAAUCUCCUUUCGUCGUCGAGUUCAAAGUGAGGCUAUAUAUAGUAACAAUACUGAGAAGUUUAACUCCAGAAAAUUGAACGAGGAGGAGAUCAUGGCAGCUGUGAGAGAUGAAGGGGUCACUAUGAUUGGGAUAUGUGGUAUGGGUGGUGUCGGUAAAACAACACUCGCUGAGAAAAUCAGACUAAAGGAGAAACAACAAGGGUUCUUCAAAGAUGUUGUCAUGGUAACUGUCAGUCAACAACCUGACUUGAAAAAACUUCAAGGUCAGAUCGCACAAGGACUCGGGUUGACAUUAGAAGGGGAUAAUUUGUUGAUUCGUGGAGAUCAGCUGCGUACAAGGCUAAUGGAUCAGAACAGCCGCAACCUUAUAAUCUUGGAUGAUGUUUGGAAGGCUAUUCCUGAUCUAGACAAACUUGGAAUUCCCAGCGGUAGCAACCCCAACCAUCGGUGCAAAGUGAUAUUGACGACGCGAUUCCGAAAUGUUUGUGAAGCAAUGGAAGCUCAAAAGAUCAUAGAAGUUGGAAUAUUAUCCAAAGAGGAAGCAUGGAGCCUUUUCAGGCAGAAAGUCGGUGAUUUUGUCGAUGAUUCAUCUCUUCAAGGUAUAGCAAAAGAGGUUGCCAAUGAAUGCAAGGGGCUGCCGCUUGCAAUUAUUACAGUUGCAGGAGCACUAAAAAAGCAUAAAAACAAGCGUUCAUGGGACCGUGCCCUUGAAGAAUUACGCGGUGAAAUAACAGUAAUCAUCCCUGAAGUGCCUGAAGAGUUGUAUACACCUCUGAGGCUAAGCUAUGAUUACUUGGGAAGUAAUGAAGCUAAAUACCUCUUUUUGCUUUGUUCCUUGUUCGAGGAAGAUAGUGAUAUUUGGAUGGAAGAAUUGCUUAAUUAUGGAAUGGGGCUUCACAUCUUUCCAGGAGUCAAAAAUUUAGAAAAAUCAAGAGAUAUGGUGUAUUCUCUGUCAGAAACAUUGCAAGAUGGUUUUUUGUUAUCCCAAGGUUCAAAAAAAAAUCAUGUGAAAAUGCAUGAUGUGGUCCGUGAUGUGGCUAAAUAUAUUGCGUCUAAGGGAGAGCAUAACUUUAUGGUAAGUCAUGAUAUGAACUCAAAAGAGUUUCCAAGAAAAGACUCUUACGAGCAAUACAGUCACAUGUCAAUCCUUGCAAAUAAAUUUGAUGAACAUCCUAGACCAAUAAUUUGCACAAAACUGAAGCUUUUAAUGUUGAAACUCCGUUUUGAAGAUCCAUUCAAACUACAGGACAAUUUUUUUGAUGAAAUGAGUAACCUCAAUGUCUUGAGUCUGAGUGGAUACAAAUAUGUGGAGUCCAUUCUGUUUUUUCCUGCAUCCAUUAGGAGGUUGUCAAGUCUGAGGACUCUGUGUCUGAGUGAUUUAAGGUUGGAUGACAUGUCCUUUAUUGGGGAAAUUGCCGAAUUAAACAUUCUGAGCAUAAGAGAUUGUGAGUUAGAUGAGCUGCCAGAGGAGAUAGGAAAAUUGAGCAAGCUAAUUAUGUUAGAGUUUCGGAAUAAGAUUAAUCCACUUAAAAGGAUUUCAGGAGGGGUCUUAUCAAAACUAGCUCAAUUGGAGGAACUACAUAUUGGGAAAGUAAAAGAUUUGAGUGAUGUGUUGUACAGUAACCUUGGCCUUCCCUCCAAGUUGACACGGUACACUCUUGAAAUGGGUGGGAUUCCAGAGAGCUAUGAUUACAACAAGAGUAUUGCUUUAAAGGUCACGGAGAAUGCCCCAUUGGGUGAUCAGAUCUGCCACCUGUUGAAGGAGAGUGAAUUUGUAAGUUCAAUAGGAAAUGCCUCUAAUAAUGUGUUGACUGAGUUGAAGCUGAAUGAAUUUCAGAACGUGAAAUGUCUCCACAUCUCUGAUUGUGAUUUAGUGACACAUUUAUUGAAGAGGACACAUGAAGUAAUCAAUUUAUAUGAGUUGCACCUUUUCUCUCUGACAUGCCUGACUCACUUUUGCAGUGACACUGUCAAGGGGAUUGAGUUCCCUCAAUUAAGGAAAAUGUUGUUAUGGAACUUACCUGAGUUUCAAAAUUUCAGUCGUACAGCCAACAGUGGCUCAAAUCCUCUUUUUGAUGAAAAGGUUUCUUGUCCCAACCUGGAAGAGCUAAAAAUCUUGUCGCUUAACAGCAUAAGUGCUCUAUGCUCUCACCAACUUCCAACUGACUACUUCAACAAACUUCAAACAUUGAAAGUACGGAGAUGUGGAAAAUUAAGAAACUUGAUGUCUCCAUCAGUGGCCAAAGGUCUUCUGAAUCUCCAACGCCUAUGGAUAGAAGACUGUGAAUCAAUGGAAGAAGUGAUCACAAAAGGAGAAGGAAUCAUCACCUUAUUUCCCCAAUUGAAAUACCUGUAUCUUGUCAAUCUGCCUAAGCUGGGGCAUUUCUUUCUAACGGAGCAUGCUCUUACAUUUCCAUUUCUCGAGGAAGUGGUUAUUGAGGACUGCCCUGAAAUGACAUUUCUCCAACAUGGAAUAUCUGUGAUUACACCGAGUCUCAAAUGUGAUAAUGAUAAUGAUGAGAUGGAAGUAGAUAGUCUGACUAAAUGUAUACAGCAGUUGAUCAAUAACAAGGUAUAUAUGUCUUAUUCCGCUAGCUACACAUUCUCUUUCCGUUUUAGAUACUUCAUCAACUUUGUUUUACUUAAUAAGCUACUCAUCUCUCUCUUCUUUAGCAUUCUGGAGGAACAACAAGCUACGACGAAGAUAGUGAAUGACAACAAAGCUAGUGAAGAAGACAAAGUUAGUGAUGACGACAAAGCUGAACCUAGUCAUGCCAGAAGUUAG